CAGUGUGAGUGUAGCCCGGAUGCUAUCCCCCCUACUCCUCUCUCCCUUAUAAAUUGAAGAAUCUAUCGGCCUUUUCUUCCAUCUCAAUCUGACAGACUUGCUGUUUCUAUUCCAUUUACUGCUGUAUACAUCGUCACCUUAUCUUAUUAUAUACUCUAUACAUCAACUUAUCAAUCUUCUCCUCUCCUAACUGGUUAAUCUAGCACCAUACCUUAUCCUCCAAAACACUUCAAUUUUGCAGACUUCGAUGGCUGCUACUUCUAAACCAGUGUCCAUAAAACGGCUUGCUGAACAUCUCGAAGAUCAACAAGAGCCUUUUAAGCUAGAUGUUUACCUCUCACAAAGAAGGUACACGAAGAAGAGCUCGAAAUUAGAAACCAGAAAUGGUUCCAACCUCUACAAUUCAGUUAAGAACUUGACUGAAUCUUCCAGUACUUAUACCAUGAUCAGAAAAGGACUUCCAUACGGUUCAAAAACUCUAGAAUUGGUGCUCGACGCACUCGCUUCCUACAAGAGUUGCGGGAAACUCUUGAGAUUAAAACAUAAAGCUCGGAAAAAUGGAGAAGAAAAAGAUUCCAAGACUCCUAGAAAGCAAGAGGAAAUUGCAAAGAAUCGCCUGUCCUCAUCCGGUAGCCGAACUCCGUCUAGUUCCUGUUCAAAGGGAAACAUCAAAGCGCGUUGUACUCCUGAACAAAAUCAUAGCUCGUCUUAUCAAAGAACCUUUCAAGCCUUGAAGCUCCACAACCUGCUAAAAUUAGAGGCUGCUUCAAAUUCAAAACAACAAUGGGGAUGCAUAGAAGAAAACAAUCAGCUCAGCCCGGCAUCAGUACUAGAAGAACUACAAUCAGAAGAAGGUUCUCCAGUUGUGCAACACUUCCUUGUACCAAGAAAAGAAGAAACAACAUUGACUUGCAGUUUCAAUUUGCCUAGAGUCAAGGAAGACACCAUUUUCUCAGCAACUAUGUGCCAAUUACUUGCACAAUCUCUGACUGAGAAGCACAAUUGCGUCGGCGCAGCAGAAUUGCAUGGCAUUGAGUCCAGUUCUUCACAAUUCUUGAACGCCAAAAGGGUGUUGAUGCAAACUAAAAGGCUCGUGUUCGACUGCGUGAAGGAAGCCAUAGACACCCAUGGAAGGAGAGCAAGGAGGCAGAAGAGGCUCAAAGGUGUGUUGGGGCCUGAGGAACUUGGAAAAAUAGUGUGUGACCAAAUCUAUGAAUGGGGAAAUCAAUCUGGUGAUGAAACAAAUGUAAACCAAUUGAUAAGUUGGGAUUACUCCAACACAGAAGAGGAAUGGAGUGAUUUUCAUAUGCUAACAAGGCAUAUUGGGAUAGAGAUUGGAGACGCUAUCUUAGAUAAUAUUGUAGUAGAAACAAUCAAGUCACUUUGAGAUUUUGCCACGUGGAACCAUCAGGGUAUGCAAUGUGUCACCAGCCACAGCAAUGGAUAAGAUGAAUUGUCUCCGUGAGCAGUGGGCUACAAGUACGUUGGGUGGAUCAGAUUUUGCCACGUGGAACCAUCAGGGUAUGCAAUGUGUCACCAGCCACAGCAAUGUAUAAGAUGAAUUGUCUCCGUGAGCAGUGGGCUAGUCAUUUGAUAUUAACGUUACUAACCUAUAUGAGCGGCCAAAGUGAAGGUGCAAUGGGCCACAUCAUGUGGGCCCGAACCAGAUUGGUAACCCUCCAAUUAGAAACACCAUGUUUUCUGGGCUGGUCAUCGUCACCCUAGCUGCCCAAGGGACCCACUAGUCCUAUAACCCAUGAGCCACGACAUCACAGAGAAAUUGUUAUAUAGUUUGAGACUAUGUAUUUCAUCCAAUUAUAUAUUAAUAUGCUAAUUAAAGUGUUAAUUUUUAUUUUUUUAUUUA